CAAGGGUGCGUAAUUUAAAAGGCCUACGGGGGUGACAGACAAAACAGUUGAACAUGGCUAAUGAGCACCGAAUAAAUUGAUCAACCAGCUCAGCUCCUGAACGCGAAGCAGUUUUUAGGGUCUUGGCAGCCACUCGCUGGUCUGUUUCGGGAGGCGAACUUCUUAAACAGGAUUUGGUGAAUAGAUGCCUCAGUUUUUAAAAAGGAAGAAGCCAGUGAAUGUAACUACAACAGGAAAGAAGAAAAAGAAGCAAAUCAGAAUGUCUGAUAUUGAAAACGACAACCAUAUCUUCCUCUCUGGCUGCUGCGAGAUUUUGAAAAAUCGUCUCUACUUUAAAACACAGCCAAUCGCAACCAAUGUGCAAGUGGAAGACGAUAUCCAUUGCUUUUUCCCUGGAGACGACAUUGAAUACUUAAGCUUUUUCAAGGACUUUGGACCCUUCAAUCUUGCCAUUUUAUAUCGCUACUGCGAGUUUUUGAACGAUUUGCUUCACUUCACUCAAGAAACCAAGAACAAGAGAGUGGUACACUGCAUUUUGAGUUGCCCUUCAGAAAAAGCUGUCAAGAAGAAAGCUGUGAACUCGGCAUUUUUGAUUGGAUCCUAUGCAGUUAUCUACCUUAACAAAACAGCUAAAGAUGUGAUCGACCUUUUGCAAAAAGGCGGACCCUUCCUCAAGUUCAGAGAUGCCUCGUAUUUGCCAUCUGAAGUGGCUUCAUACAUGGAUCUGUCGGACUGCAUCAGAGCCAUUGAGAAGGCACACAAACUUGGAUUUUUCAAUUUUGAGGACUUCAACUAUGCUGAGUAUGAGCAUUUUGAACAGGUGCACAAUGGUGAUCUGAACCUCCUCGUCCCUGACAAGUUUCUCGCUUUCCGAGGGCCUGCUGAGAAGACGGAAAUUCGUAACGGAUACCCCUACUUUGCCCCUGACAAGUACUUUGAAUACUUCAAAUCCAACAACGUCAGCACAAUUAUCAGACUCAAUGCGAAGUUCUACGAGGCAGAAGAAUUUGUCAAAGCUGGUUUCAAACACGAAGAUCUCUUUUUCCGUGAUGGCAGCGUUCCCUGUGAUGAAAUUUUGAAAAAGUUCCUGCGUGCUUGCGAGGAGAGUGACGGCAUGGUGGCUGUACAUUGCAAAGCAGGUCUUGGACGUACGGGCACACUCAUUGCCUGCUACAUGAUCAAGCACUACAAGUUCACAGCCAUGGAGGCCAUUGCUUGGCUUCGGAUUUGUCGUCCUGGCAGCGUAAUUGGCAAUCAACAAUGCUGGGUGCUGAAAAAAGAGGCCCUGAUGCUUGACCAGGGUCAGAAUUACCCUGUACCAACUCACAAGCAUGGCAUAUACAGCAUCAAAGGAAGGCCCAACAUUCAGCUCUCAAGCUUCAAGGACCUGAUGAUGAACAACAUACUGGAGAAGGUGGACACCAUAGGACUCAAUGAUGACACCUCCUCGGCUUCAUCUGAGGAGGAAAACGAUGAGGCUCAAGAGCGGGAACGUGAAACACAGGGAGAUAGGCUCAACAAGAGGAAGAGCAUGCAGUCAAGGAAGAAGAAUACACCGGCUGUGAGAGCAGCUAGUGAAGGUCGAAGACGACCCCUUGCCAGAAAUAGGGGUCGCAGACCUCAAACCAGGUCAACUUCUCAUGUUCUGAGGUCUGGCUUCAAAUUUCAAGUGAAUUAAAAAAAUGCUCUUUCCUAGACUUUGAACAGGGCUAUUCAAAGACCUUUUGCUGUUAUUUUAGGCUUAAAUAACGCGAGAUUAUAACAACUUUUAGGUGCAUUGAAAGUGUUUUUUAAUCACUUUCAAUUGAUUUAGUCAGGAGGUUCACAAAAUCACAAGAAAUGAUUUAAUUUAAUUAUAACAAAUUGUGUCUGUGCUUUUAUGUAUAGCAGAAAUUGAUCUUCCCAAUAAGCUGCUCUAAACAAGAGAUGUAUAGUAAUUAUUGGAAGUCAGUGAACUUAAGCAUUUUAAUUGAUGUACAAAUUUUCUGCCAUAUUUUAAUGUAAUAUGUUUGUUAUUCUAAGGAUGAGAAAUAUAUAUGUGCUUGUAAAAAAUACAAAAUGUUUUCAAUUCAUUAAUGAGAAUUGAGACAAAAUGUGUUAAUUUUGGGUUGCUAGAGAGAAACCAAGCUAGUUGGCAGAAGUGUCAGAUUUAAACCAUAAAAUAUUUUUGGCCUUCAAUUAAUAAAGUUGAGUUGAACUCGCUUUUCUUACCAUGUGGUAAUAUUAAAUAAUGAUUGUGACUUUGAGUUCUUUCAAAUAAUGUAUUGAUUCUUUUCUACUAUACAUGGAUAAUCAAUUGCACAGUCCAUUUUAUCACUAAAACAUUGAUAAAAUAAAAAUUUUAAAUGUCUACCAA